CCGCCCCUCGCUAGCGACCGGCGGUCGAUCGCAAUGUCUGAGCUCUCGGCGUUCCGCUAGCGCUGCCUUUUUGGUCUCCACGUGGUCAGGCCUAUGAUGGCGGCGCUGGCGGCGUCGGCGGCAGCGGAGCCGGGCAGCCGGAACGGCACCAGUCGAGGUCGAACCCCUCGGGGCCGCUUAGCCAAUCAGAUUCCCCCCGAGAUCCUGAACAACCCCCAGCUGCAGGCAGCCAUUCAAGUCCUGCCUUCCAACUAUAACUUUGAGAUUCCCAAGACCAUCUGGAGGAUUCAACAGGCCCAGGCCAAGAAGGUGGCCUUGCAAAUGCCUGAAGGCCUUCUCCUUUUUGCCUGCACCAUCGUGGAUAUUUUGGAAAGGUUCACAGAGGCUGAAGCAAUGGUGAUGGGUGAUGUGACGUAUGGGGCUUGCUGUGUGGAUGACUUUACUGCAAGGGCCCUCGGAGCGGACUUCCUGGUGCACUAUGGCCACAGCUGCCUGGUUCCCAUGGAUACCUCAGCCCAAGACUUCCGGGUGCUGUAUGUCUUUGUGGACAUCCGGAUAGAUACUGCCCACCUCCUGGACUCUCUCCGCCUCACCAUUCCUCCAGCCAGCUCCCUUGCCCUGGUCAGCACCAUUCAGUUUGUGUCGACCUUGCAGGCAGCUGCCCAGGAGCUAAAAGCUGAGUACCGUGUGAGUGUCCCGCAGUGCAAGCCCUUGUCUCCUGGGGAGAUUCUGGGCUGCACGGCCCCCCAUCUGCCCAAAGAGGUGGAAGCUGUUGUAUAUCUUGGAGAUGGCCGCUUCCAUCUGGAGUCUGUCAUGAUUGCCAACCCCAGUGUCCCUGCUUACCGCUUCUUUUCCAGAUAUGACCCAUACAGCAAAGUCCUGUCCAGAGAACACUAUGACCACCAGCGCAUGCAGGCCAACCGCCAAGAAGCCAUAGCCACAGCCCGCUCAGCCAAAUCCUGGGGCCUUAUCCUGGGCACUUUGGGCCGCCAGGGCAGCCCCAAGAUUCUGGAGCACCUGGAAUCUCGUCUCCAAGCCUUGGGACUUACCUUUGUGAGGCUGCUGCUGUCUGAGAUCUUCCCCAGCAAGCUUAGCCUACUUCCUCAAGUGGAUGUGUGGGUGCAGAUAGCAUGUCCACGCCUUUCCAUUGACUGGGGCACAGCCUUCCCCAAGCCGCUGCUGACACCCUAUGAGGCAGUGGUGGCCCUGAGGGACAUUUCCUGGCAGCAGCCCUACCCUAUGGACUUCUAUGCUGGCAGCUCCUUGGGGCCAUGGACAGUGAACUACGGACGGAACCGGCCCCCCCAGGACCCCCAGGCGGCCCCAGCUGGAGAAGGAGGAGUCCACGUGCCACUCUCCAGUCGCGGCUUGCGACGGUUGCAACUGCGGAGACGAAAAGGGAGCGCCGCGGGCUCAGUGAGAUCCUGCCUGGGCGCAGAGCCCUGCCUUCCGCCGGAGGAGCAGCCUCGAGGCUGGUGGUUUUCAGAACAGGAGGCAGACGUUUUCAACGCCCUGAGCCAGCCCACGGUAUGCAGAGGUCUGGAGGAAGCCUUGGGAACCGUGGCACAGGCACUGAAGAGACUGGGGCCUUUUGACGGGCUCCUUGGUUUCAGCCAGGGAGCCGCGUUAGCAGCCCUUGUGUGUGCCCUUGGCCAGGCAGGCGAUGCCCGCUUCCCCUUGCCAAAGUUUAUCAUCCUGGUAUCUGGUUUCUGCCCCCGAGGCCUUGGACCCGAAGAAUCCGUCCUGCAGGGCCCCUUGUCUCUGCCGUCACUCCAUGUUUUUGGAGACACUGACUGCGUCAUCCCCUCUCAGGAAAGUAUGCAGCUGGCUAGCCGAUUCACUGGAGCCAUCACACUCACCCACCCUGGUGGUCACUUCAUUCCAGUAGCUGCAGCCCAGCGCCAGGCCUAUCUCAAUUUCUUGGACCAGUUAACAGAGUGAGAAAUCAACAAAUGUCUCUGCCCCUAAUCCCUCACCCCCACAUGACCUUGGGGCAGCCUCUGUAAUCAGUUCUCUUUCCCCCCCACCCUGCGAGCUCAACUGCUGUUAGUGUUUAUCACCAUCACCAAUUAAGAGACAAGUAUCAGUAAUUAAGGCUCAAAUUAUAAGAAGCCCAGCUCUACACUCAAGAAAAAAAAAGGGAUUAGGAGCCUUAGUGGACAUUGGCAUUUGAAACUCAAACAUGAAAAAGGCCGGUGGACCCCCGGAUGAGUGGAGGGUAAAAUGGGAAAAGCAGGGGCUGGCAGUGUGGCAGCCACAUAAUAAAGUGGUGAUUGUGA